AUGGCUACUAUUGUCGGGAAUCCGCGUGAUUUCUUUAAUUAUACAAGUGGACGGUGGAUCUGGGAUGAAGAGGAGCAGCUGCGGGAACGAUAUCGAGAAUUCGAUAUACUUGAACUGCAGAAAGUCGCUAUGGAAGCCGCGUCUGGCGCGUCUUAUGUCAGGAUGGAAAAACUCGGGGAAGGGUCAUACAACAAGUCUUUCCGACUCACUAUGGCCAACGGGACGGCGGUUAUUGCUCGAAUUCCGAAUCCAAAUGCUGGACCAGCUUUCUUGACGACAGCAUCAGAGGUCGCGACGAUGGAUUUCUUAAGAACAAUACUCCACGUUCCAGUUCCCAAAGUCCUUGCUUGGAAUGCCACAGUGGACUCUGCGAACCGUGUAGGGGCGGAGUACAUUAUCAUGGAGCAUGCUCCCGGUAAAAAUCUCGCAGAUCAUUGGGCUGAUAUGGACCUUGAGCAUAAGGUACAAACGAUGAAAGAUAUUGUAACUAUCCAACAGAAGUUGUUAUCAGUGAGAUUUCCUGCAUAUGGGUGCCUUUUUUUCAGUAAUGACGCGCCACCAGAUUCUCAUCCUGCAACAGUCAAAGGGGACAAAUUAUCACAAGAACUUAGAGAAAAUAUUGCUGAACAAUUUUCUAUCGGACCAGUGGUCGACACGGAGUUCUGGCGUAAUGAGCGAGGUGAUAUGGAUAUUGAUCGCGGACCAUGGGCGUCUGCAGUGGACUACUUAAAGUCUCUUGCGCUUCGAGAGAUAGCUUGGAUCCAGAAACAUGCAACUCCACGCUCUUCCAAUGAUCCAUUAUAUCUAUCUGUUGUUCCUCAUUUGCUUCCAAAGGAUGAAGACCUUUUGGGUUCGUUCUUGUGGCAUACGGACCUUCGAACACCUAACAUUUUCGUCAAUGACAACGGCAAUAUCACCAGCAUUAUCGACUGGCAGAGUACAUGGGCAGGUCCCUUGUUCCUGGAGGGCCGUCAUCCCCAUUUUCUCGACUACAACGGUGAACUCAUACUAGAACUGCCUGAGAAUUUCAAGCAGCUCGACGAGAAUACACAAAAUACUGUCAAGGACCAAGUCACCAAGUCCAUAUUAUUAUACCUGUACGAAAAAUAUACUGCAGAGAGGAACCCAGUAUUGAGCAGAGUUCUCCGGUAUCCAAACGGCAAGACAAUGACCGACCCAGUUCGGUUUGUUGGGAACACAUGGGAUGGAGACAUCCUACCAUUACGGGAGUCAUUAAUCAGGGUACAAAACUUCUCUCCGGAAGAAAUUCGCAGACAUUACGAAGAUGGGGAAGGUUGGAAUGAAGUACAGGAUUUUUGGGACGCCAUAUCAGGAAUCAUGGGCAGAGAUGGCUGGACGUCACAUGAGACAUACGAUCAGGCCAUGGCCAUCUAUGCCGAAAUCCAGGCAAAAGCAGCUUCCCAUUCAGAUCACGAUGGGUAA